CUGAUCACACCCAGCUCAGCUACCACCAUGUCUCUGACCAAGGCGGAGAGGACCAUCAUCCUGUCCAUGUGGGACAAGAUCUCCUCUCAGGCAGAUGCCAUUGGCACCCAGGCCCUGGAGAGGCUCUUCACCAGCUACCCGCAGACCAAGACCUACUUCCCGCACUUCGACCUGCACCCGGGCUCCCCGCACCUGCACAUGCACGGCGCCAAAGUGGUGGCCGCCCUGGGCGACGCGGUCAAGAGCAUCGACAACAUCGCGGGCGCCCUGGCCAAGCUGAGCGAGCUGCAUGCCUACAUUCUGCGCGUGGACCCGGUCAACUUCAAGCUCCUGUCCCACUGUCUGCUGGUCACCGUGGCCUCGCACUUCCCCGCCGACUUCACGGCCGACGCCCACACCGCCUGGGACAAGUUCCUGUCCAUCGUGUCCUCCGUCCUGACCGAAAAGUACCGCUGAGCGCACCCGCCGGACGAGGGCGGCUGCGGCCCCUCCGCGGCUCCAGGGGCUUUCCCUAACCCUCCAGCCCCGCACUGGCAUGCCAAUAAACCGAU